GUCCCCACCGGAAGUAGCUCUGUUGUGGCCUGUUCACUACACUGCACUUCAGUGCUCCUUCCGAAAUGGCGGACGCCGAUUCUUGGGAUGCUGACAGUUUUGAGCCGGAAGAGCCCAUCAAGCAGGCGCCAGGGCACGACAAGUGGGAAGGCGAGGAUGAGGAUGAAGACGUCAAAGAUAACUGGGAUGAUGAAGAGGAGGAAGAAGAAAAGGUGACAGAGACAAAAACAGUUGCAGUGACAAAGCCAUCAGAGAAGAAAAAACUUAGUGAUAAAAUUAAAGAGAAGGAGAGUUUACAAAAGAAAAAACAAGAGGAGCUUCGAAAGCAGUUAGAGGAAUCUAAAGACAGCACAGAAUGCACACCAGAGGAGGAGUUAGCAGAAAAACUUAGAUUGAAGAAACUUCAGGAGGAUUCAGAUUUGGAACUAGCCAAAGAUGCUUUUGGCAUUGUAUCGAAUAACGUAACAGGAAUAGAUGCCAUGAACCCUUCCUCCAAAGAUGACUUUACAGAGUUUGAGCGGUUGCUGAAAGAGAAAAUAACUCUCUACGAGAAGUCAAUACACUACUCCAGCUUUUUAGAGUCGCUGUUCAGAGACCUGUGUCUUUCAUUGGAAGUUGAAGACUUGAAGAAAAUUAACAACUCACUCACAGUGUUACUCAGUGAGAAGCAGAGGCAAGAAAAGCAAAAUAAAGGAAAGAAGAAAAAGAAAGGUGGUUUACCAGGAGGUGGAUUAAAAGCCAAGAUGAAAGAUGACCUUGAUGACUACGGCGAGUUUGAUGGAGGUUAUGUACAAGACUAUGAGGAUUUUAUGUGACCCCCGCUUCGUAACCUAUCAUAUUCUUUGAGUGACGAAACAUAAACCUCUACAGCGCAUGACCUCUCCCUACAGCCAGACCCACGUCCAGAAUCAAGCUCGAAAACUGAACCACAUCCCAUGUAACACACACUAGCCUAAGCUUAAGUGGUUUACUCUGAGAAAGACUUAAGUGAAGCAUCUUUCUCUGGUUUAUAAUGACUGUAGGUCAUUCUAGUGUUUGCUGUGGAAAAAGGUCAUAGUCAGGUAAUGUCCUUUAGUAAAAGUUUGAAAGUAAAAAAUGAAAACUGACCGAUGUGAAACAGAAGCUUCACGUGAAAAUGUAUAAAAGAGUUGACAGUAUUACUGUUUAAAAGAGCUACUUGACAUUAAAAUAAAUUUGACAUUCUAUGCAAAUUUCAGAAAAAUGUCUAUAUGUUAUGUAUUUUGAUUACAUUUCUGCUGUCCUUGCAUUGUGAUAACUAUAGACAUUACUGGGCACUGCUUUUGCUGAGUAAGACAACACAUAAAGCCCUAAAAAGCAGUAAUGCUUUACAUUAGGGUUCUCUCAACUGACAUUAUUUAGUUUACAUGAACAUAAGCAUUAAUACAUAUUAACAUUAACAAAAUAACUUACACUUGUAUUGCUUGUAAUUUUUUAAAAAUAAUAAACUAACCAAACAAGCUAAAUAAUCAACACCUACAUUAACCAGUGUUUAUUCCAUCAAUUAAUAAAAUUAAGUCCACAAUGAAUCCAAAAUGUUUGCGGCUGUUAACUAGCUACAUUCAGAUGUAAGGAACAUAGUGUAAAUUUAUUACUGUUAAUUUAUUCUGACUUAUUUUUAGUCAUGGAUACAAUAAACAUCGGUCAGUGCAGGUGUAUUUAUUUAACAAUUAAUCCAACAUUAGUUAGUACAUUGCUUAUUGUUUAGUAAUGUUAAAGUUUAUGGUUUGCUAAUGUUAAUUAGUACAGUAAAUAAUGUUAAUUAAGGGAAGCUUAAUGUAAAGCAUUGCCUUAGAAGCAGUCACAUGCCUAUGGAAGUUGUGUAAACAGUUUCAUUUUUCUACUUCUAGGUGAUCAUGUAUAAAUCUUUGUUUAGAUGCAUUGAGCCUAGUGUGUUGAGUGUAGUGUACCAAAUCUGAUAAAAGCGUAUUUCUACUUGCAGAGACAGAGCAGUUAAUGAUUGCAUUCCAUUUGAAUCAGAAUUAUGGAGCUAUAUUCAGUCACACAUUUAAAAUAUUGUAUUUUAAGGUGUGUUACGAUUUUUUUUUCUUUUUUUCUUUUGCAGCGCUAAUUUUGUGAACAUCAUGCUAUAUUUGCAGUUUAACAUGUUCCUUUAUGCACAGUGUCACUAAACCAUGCAGGUGGGUAUUGUUACAAGAGAUUUUAAGAAUAUUACUAUGGUUGCUUUGCAAAUGAAGUGCAUAUAAGACGUCUUCUCAUGGAACCUGGGAGUUUCCAUUUUUAAAGUAACAGAUUUGCAUUAUGAAAAUUUACUGUCAGCAAAACAAACGAUAGCAUUCUGCUGUGUUUUAUAGAGAUCUAAUUUAAUAAAAGUCUUCAAGAAGUAAA